AUGGUUCACACCGGAACGAUCCCUGACCAUUCAACAAUUGGCGGCAUCCUUCAAACCCGGGACGACACGUCCUUUGAAGCGAAAUGCUCUGGCCCACAACUGGCCCAGUGUUCGCCUGUACGCUUUCCCCCCAAUCGCCCUGAUUCCUCAGGUCGUCAGGCGGUACAGGGAGACCAAGUGCUCACUCCUCCUAGUGGCCCCGUCUCUGGAGAAACCAAGCCUGACAGAUCUCUAGGCAGUUUUGGUAUUAUAAAAGACUGUAAUUAUACUUUGGACCAAGCAAAGCUCAACUGUUCCUCACUGUCCAUCUCAAACGAGACUGUUGACUUCCUUAAAGGCCCAGUGGUCACACGCCUCAUGCCCUCGUUCUACAUCUUCAUCAUCCUCAUUAGUUUGCCCCUGAAUGGUUUGGCGAUGGUGACGUUCACCUGUAGGAUCCGAGAGAAGAAACCAGCUGUGAUCUACAUGUCUCACCUGGCGUGUGUGGACCUGCUCUUCACCCUGCUGCUGCCUCUGAUGAUCCACUACCAGCUGAACGCUUCAGAUUGGGUGUUCGGUGAGGCGGUGUGUCGUGUGCUCAGUGCAGCGUACUACUGCUACAUGUACUGCUCCAUACUGCUGAUGAUGAGCAUGAGUGUGGACAGGCUGCUGGCUGUGGCAUUUCCCAUCGCCUCUCUGACCUGGAGGAGCACAAGGAAAGCAACAAUCAUAUGCACAUUAGCUUGGCUGCUGGCAGUCACUGGUACGGUACCACUUCUCUCAAUGAGACAAACAUUUAAGAUUAAGGAUAUAGGUGUCACUUGCCAUGAUGCACUGAUCCAUGCUGACCCUACAGAUCAGCAGUACAUGUACCAGUUCUCCAUCCUCUCCUGUGUCUACUACUUUGUGCCACUUAUCAUCACCUUAGUGAGCUACUCCACCAUCAUAUAUGUGCUCCAUGUAAAGUCUAAUCUCUUAGCUACAACAUCAUCCUCAUCUUCAGACAACCGAAGGAGGGCAGUGAUUAUGGCUAUCGCUGUGCUGAUUGAGUUUGUGGUGUGCUUUGCACCAACCAAUGGCACCCUAUUGUACCACUGUUUUCUUUUAGCUACUGGAUUCAACAGCGGUGAGGGAGAUUCAUCAUAUGCAGCUUACCUGUUGGCUGUGUGUUUGGGGAGCUCAAGUGUUUUUCUGGACCCUCUGCUGUACUACUACGGCUCGUCUCAAUGCAGACAGCAGAUCCACUCUGUGUUGAGGAGGGGAAAGGCAGAGCAAACAACCUCACCAACUAACAGACAGACAAAAUCCACAUCUCUUACUAAAACCAGGCUUGCUGUAAAGUGUGAAAUUGUGUGAAAUUGUAUUGGGGUCAACAUCUGUAUAUACAAACCCGUAGG